CCCCGCUGUAGCGGCGGCCGUUGCCAGUAGCGGCGGCGCUAGGGGCGCCGGAAGCGGAAGUGGCGGGAGCGCGGCGUCCGUCUGGCGGUGGGAGGCAUGGCGUCCGUGGUGCUGAGCGAGGCGGAGAAGCUCUACAUCGUACAUGGCAUCCAGGAGGACCUUCGUGUAGAUGGUCGUGGCUGUGAAGAUUACAGAUGUGCAGAAGUAGAAACAGAUGUUGUAUCAAACACAAGUGGAUCUGCAAGAGUAAAGCUGGGACACACUGAUAUCUUGGUAGGUGUAAAAGCUGAAAUGGGGACACCAAAGUUAGAGAAACCAGAUGAAGGUUACCUGGAAUUCUUUGUUGACUGUUCUGCAAAUGCUACUCCUGAAUUUGAAGGCCGGGGAGGAGAAGAACUUGGCACAGAGAUAGCAAGUAUCUUCUACAGAGUAUUUAGCAGUGAGAGCAGUAUAGACUUGAAAUCACUUUGCAUUAAUCCCAGAGAGCACUGCUGGGUUCUCUACGUUGAUGUAUUGUUAUUGGAAUGUGGUGGCAACCUCUUUGAUGCAAUCUCUAUCGCAGUGAAGGCAGCUCUCUUUAACACAAGAAUACCCAAAGUGCGUGUUCUGGAGGAUGAAGAAGGCUCUAAAGAGAUUGAGCUGUCUGAUGACCCUUAUGAUUGUAUUCGACUUAAUGUGGAUGAUGUGCCCUGCAUCGUCACACUAAGCAAAAUUGGAUAUAGGCAUGUGGUGGAUGCUACCCUUCAGGAAGAAGCCUGUUCUUUGGCCAGCCUGCUUAUUUCUGUGACCAGUAAAGGUGCCCUCACUUCAAUGAAGAAAGUGGGGAAGGGUAGCCUGGAUCCUGAGAGUAUUUUUGAAAUGAUGGAGAUGGGAAGAAGAGUAGGCAAGUCAUUGCACAUAGCCCUUCAGAAGAUUUUGGAUGAAGAAGAGAGUUUGGGGACCUCACGGCAGAAAGUUGGAUUUCUAGGAUGAGUUUUUAUUAAAUGUUCAAAACUGUUUUUAA